UUCAUUAUGAUACUUGCUCAAGAAUAUGUGCCAGGAACUUCGUAUAACCCAGGUGCACAAACGCCUCCUCAGCCAGAAGUGGGAAUUCCUCCGUACCCACAGACAUCAAACCAGCAAAUGAACAAGAAGCUCAAAGUUAUUUAAGCUGAGGUUAUUUCACCCCCCAACCAACCAACCAAAUUUCAGCAAUUAUUUUUUCAUACUGUAAGAAUAUAUUUUACAUAAAAAAUAACGUUUUUCAAGCGAGUAUAUAAAGCACCUCCACAAUACUAUUUAGUUUCAGUGACUGGUAAUGGGUCUCCUUAACUUCUGAUACAGCGCUCGUAAUGCACCACUACAAUUUUAUAUAUUUUCAGCAGCUCUUAGAAUUUCAGCAGUUGCCCUCACCUUUAUUCGGAGAUUAGUCAAUUUCUGAGUGAGUGCACCACCAUAAAUCUAUUUAGUUUCAAUAUCUGUUAUCAUUUCACUUGUUGUCGUUAAUGUUGUUCAUAGAAUGAUCUCUCUCAACUUCUGAUUGAGUAUUUGUGAUCGUGCCAUUUGUAGAUUUGCUGCCUGCCUUGUUGCCUCUAUCAGUGAUUACCAAGACCCUCUUUUUCAUGAAUUAUAGAAAGUAUAAGAUUUUUGUUUUUUUAAAAUCAUUAUUUGUCGAAAAAUGCCAAAUUAUUUCUGUUUGAAUAGGUUUUUAUUAAAUCAUUUACCUCUCUUGCACUUUUUGUAAAUUUUAUGAUUUUAACUUGUAUCAUAUUGUGAUGUACAUCCAUCCUUUGCCAAAUUUGCCUUUGAUUCAUCAUCAUAGCUUUCUUUAUAUAUUUUUUACGAUUGAACACUUAGAUUAUGUCAACGGUGGGCAAACUGUGGCUCCCCAGAGUUUUUAUGCGACUUCUCGCUAGCAUUAUCUAUUAUCCAAAUUUAAAUUACAGAAACUGUAGUGUACUUUUUCAAUUGAUUAAGCAGUGCAAUAAAUUUUCAUUGAUUAAGACAAACUAUGUUUUAGUAUGAAAAUUGGUGUGGCGUUUUGUUAUAGUAUGUAAUAUUGAUCGUGUUAAAUAUUACUCUGACUGUAUUCUGUCAUAAGGAAAUUUGCUGAUAUUGUCGUAGUCAAUAGCCCAAAACCCUUUUUCGCGUUCCCCAAAUUGGUAUCAAUGUAACAGUUACAAUGCAAAAUUAUUUAUUAAGUCUAAUAUUGAUGAUUUUUAAAAUUAUGCAGUUCCCACAUAUUUCUGACUUGAUGUAUGCGGCUCUUAUACCAAAAAUUUUGCCUUCUCCGAAUUAUGUUUUUGACUUGCAACCAUAUUAAAAAGGGUUGAUAUAAACUACUUAAAAAUGGAUCGAUUGCUAGCAUCAGACUCAAAACAAAAAAAUAUUGUGACCGAGCUAUGAAAAGAGACUUUGGAGUGCUUCAGUACAGGGUAUUCAUAAAGUUUACAAUUUUUAAUUUUGUUAUGAAGUCAGUUCUCAAUAUAUAUAUCUAAACCAGAUUUGUUUUUUUAAUCAGUAUUUUCACUUCAUUUGAUACGUCUGUGAGGGACAAAACACUAUGUGGUAUCAUAAAAUCUCCUUUGUAAUUUUAAUGAAUUUCAAGACUAAUCCUAUAUACCAAAAUACCCAGUUUCAAAUUAUUUUAAUAUUUGGAUUGAUUUGGACUAACAAACCAACUUUCAUUUCUUUGUGUUCAAAGCUCAUAGUAAAAUAAUUACAAGAGAUACUGCUUUAUUUUGUUGCAUUAUGGCUCAAUCUCCAGCUGGCUUAUAUUCAAGGCUUGAUCAAGCUGUUGAACCAGAGGGUGGGACAGCAAGCCCUCAACAGGGUCAGGUUACUUCGCCACCCCAGCAUGCAACGACUACAUCAACCCCUCGGAAGAAGUUCAGAGCAAAAUACAAACUUGUGUUGUAUCAACUUGGAGUUACUGAAAUUGUUCUUGGCGUUUUAUCUGUCAUUUUGUUCAUCUUUACAUUGAUCAUCGCAAGCACAAAGACGACUUACGUCUAUCACGAUAAUGACCUCGGUAGAACGUACGGUCCAAAAAUAGACUACAGCAUUACGUUCGCUUCUCACGGAAUAUGGUGCGGUGCUGUUGUUAUUGCAUCUGGAAUGCUUGGAUUUGAAGCUAGUAGAAAACCAUCUGCCUGUCUUUAUAAUGCGAACAUGAUUGUCAGCAUUGUAGCUUCUUGCUUCAUGGCUAUGUUGUGGAUAUUGUCUGUGAUAUGUGCUGGAGACACUUACCCACGUGAAGAUAAUGAAGGCAUCAUUGCUGUUCAUUGUAUUUUGGCUGCCAUUGGAUUUGCUGGAAUGAUUAUUUGUAUUCUUCAUUCUUCAUACUACCGCGCUGGUGUUUGUUGCCGCAAAAAAUCGCAAUGCGUGGUUCUAAAGGCAACUUACCCUGCUUAUCCGCAACAACAAAUGGUUCAGCUCGCAAACGGCCAAUUCAUUAUGAUACCUGCUCAAGAAUAUGUGCCAGGAACUCCAUAUAACCCUGGUGCACAAACGUCUCCUCGGCCAGAAGUGGGAAUUCCUCCGUACCCACAGACAUCAAACCAGCAAAUGAACAAGAAGCUCAAAGUUAAUUAAGCUGAAGUUAUUUCACCCCCCCCCCCCAAAAAAAAAAACCAUUUUCUAAGAAUAUUCGAAACAGAAUCGCUAGAAUACACAGCUCGAGCGUUGCUCUUUGUAAAUACGCAAACAACACAGCUGCCAAAUUGAAAUACUUUCACGUUUUCAAAUGACAACUAAAAAAGUUUGUGCUAGCAACUUAGUGUAUUGAGUAUUGACAUAAAAAAGGGGUGUGUAACCUGCGGACCGCAGGCCAAAUGUGGCCCAAAGUUUGAAGUUGCGGCCCACGACAUGAGUGUUAAUUUAGUUGAAUUUAUUAAGGUGAGUAAAUCUCCUUUGCGUUGCAAAGCCUAUACCCGAGUCCAAUUUAUUAUAUAUUAUGUUACAAUGCCCUAAGGUUGCACACACCUGACAUUAACUAACAUGCAAUUCUUCGCUAUCAUUCUUUGAAGUCUGAGGAGAUUUUGGCGGUUCAGUGAGUGCAUGUUUUACUCUUAAAGAAUUCCUUCUAAAAAUCAUCGCUUACUACUUUACUAAACAUUCAUGUUUUGUUUUUUUGUAAAAACACAUAUUGCGUCAUAAUUUUUUUUGUUAUUUCAAACACAAUUUCAUGACAUGACCACAGUUAUACUGUCUAAACUUAUAUUGCUGUCUAUGUUUCACUUGAAUAUACAAAUUUUAUUUCUUAGUGCAAUAGUAAACAUAGAAUAAAAACAUAAUUUCUUUUAUAAAUAUAUUUAAGCUAUACUCUGGAUCUUGGUAAAAACUGGUGAGGUGAAAUCAGCUCGGAUUAAGAAAGAAAUUGGUUGAAGUAGCCGAAGCUGAAUAUUUAUUCCUGUACAUAUAUUCUAAAUUUUUAUCAUGUUCAACCAAGCUCAGCACUUAUUUUUUCAUACUGUAAGAUUGUAUUUUACUUAAAAAAUGACGUUUUUCAAAUGAGUAUUUCAGGUCGGGCUCAAGCUUCAGAUCUUAGCUCUAUAAUGGGUCUCCUUAACUUCUGAUACAGCGCUCGUAAUGCACCACUACAAUAUUAUAUAUUUUCAGAAGCUCUUAGAAUUUCAGCAGUUGCCCUCACCUUUAUUCAGAGAUUAGUCAACUUCUGAGUGAGUGCACCACCAUAAAUCUAUUUAGUUCCAGUAUCUGUUAGCAUUUCACUUGUUUCCGUUAGUGUUGUUCAUAGAAUGAUCUCUCUCAACUUCUGAGUGAGUGCUUGUGAUCGU